UGUUCAUUAUUGCGUGCUUUAUAACUGUGCACAGAUAAAUAAAAUGUUGCGUCAACUUUUGUGCUCCACAGCUGCGCGCCGUCUGCUGCUGCCGCUGGCCACGCCCAAACGCUGUCUGAGCAGCAAACCAAAUGGUCUCGACAAAAGUGAGUACUCCACGCCUCCCGAGGUGAUUGACUACGAGGAUCCGGAAGGCUUGCCGGUGCCGGAGUAUCCAGUGCGACCCGACGAACCACUCGCGACACGCAAGCAGCGGCUUUUGUAUCAGUCGCGCAAACGCGGCAUGCUGGAAAAUGAUCUGCUGCUGAGCACAUUUGUGGCGAAGUAUCUGAAGGACUUCGACGAGGAUGAGACCGCGCUAUACGACAAGCUCAUCAAUGGGGUUAGCAACGAUUGGGAUAUCUAUUAUUGGGCCACGGAAACAAAGCCCACGCCGCCCGAAUAUGAUACGGAUAUUAUGAAAUUGUUGAAGCAGCAUGUCAAGAAUACGGAACGUGUGCAGCGCAUUAGGCAACCGGAUUUGUAGAUUAGUAUUAUAUAAUAAUUGAAAUUGUAUGUUAGAUAAUGCAAGUGCUUGUUAAUGGUAUGUUUUUUUCUGUGCUAUAACCCAUAUGAAAUAAACUUAAAUUAACAGCUGUGAGUCCUGUU